CAGAGCGGAUGCACAAAGACUUAGAGUAGAGAGACAGGCACCGGUAGAGCUACAGAAAGGUAAACACAAAAGAAAACUAUUCUAGAGGCAGCUGAAAAAGAGAGACAGACCAGCAAGCGUAUCUAUAUCAAGGUUGGAUAUGGCCAGGUUGGAUGUCGUAGAGACCUUUCAUGGUUUAAUGUUUUCUGGACACCUGCACACCCAGAACUCCUUAGAACUUGCGCUCAAAUUUCCAUUUCAGGACACAGAUAUCAUCAUUGCCUCCUAUCCAAAGUCAGGCACCACAUGGAUUCAGGAAAUUGUGACUCUCAUAUCAAACAGAGGGGACCCACACAUGUCCCAAACUGUCCCAAACUGGACUCGGGCUCCUUGGCUGGAGCAUUAUUAUUUUUCUGUGAUACUGGAGGCUUCACCCACCAAGACUCGAGUCAUCACCACACACCUGCCCCAUCACCUGCUGGGCCCCGCCCUCCAGGGCUCCAAAGCAAAGAUCAUCUAUGUGAGCAGAAACCCUAAAGAUGUGGUGGUGUCCUUUUAUCACUUCCACAAAAUGGCCAACUUCCUACCUGAGCCAGGCUCAUUUUCAGAGUUUUUAAAACGAUUCCUGGAGGGAACACUGCACUAUGGCUCCUGGUUUGACCACAUUAAAGGCUGGACCAGUCAGACAGCAACUAUGAACAAUCUGCUUCACAUCACCUAUGAAGAGAUGUCGAUGGACAUACAAGGCGCCAUAAAGAGGGUGAGCUCUCAUCUUCAGAGCCCCUUGCUGGAGGACGAAGUCAACAACUGUGUGAAAAACUGCAGCUUCAGCAGCAUGCUAGACAACAAGAUGGCCAACUACACUCUGGUCACUGAGGACAUAAUGGAUCAUAACAAGGGCUCCUUCAUGAGAAAAGGUAAGAUUGGAGACUGGAAGAACAUGUUCACAGAGGAGCUCAAUCAAUAUUUCAAAAGCGUCUUUGAUUCAAAGAUGGAGGACUGCAUUCUAGAGUUUGUGUGGGAUGAGCAGGAUAAAGACGAGACAAAUGCUAAUGAAUCCCACUGAAGAACAAAAUACUGUGAAAAAAAGCGAAAUGAAGCUAGAUAUCAUGUUGCUUCCUGUGAGAUGGAUCCCAAGUGGAUGGUUUUCUCCAGGUUGUAUUUUAAAUGAAUAAAGGGCCACUUUGUGACAUGUAAUGCUCUGUACCCUUCUUAUGUAUACUGCACACUUGCUUCUAUUAAUACACCUGUGCUUGAUGGUACACUUGUGAUGAUGUAUUCAAUCUUUUGAUUCAUAUUAUGCAUGAAUAAAUCUCAGAUCAACUGAAUCCUCUUACAGUGGAUCACAACCAUGGUCCCAAUUAUGUGUUUUUGGUGCAGAACAAGUGGUGCUUAAGGUUGCUAAUGUGCAGUACAAGCAAAUGUAAGCCACACAAGCUCAAAUUGUUGUAGAUAUCUCUGUUAUUUAGAGGUCAAAAGAGUUGCAUCUCCCUUCUAAUUAAAAUCCCAGAAAAUAAAACCAAUAUAUUAUUAUAAUGCAACGUCAAUGUAAUUCUAAUAAUCUAACAGCACAUAUCCUCUGUAUAUCUGCUGAAAUUUGAGUUUCUUAAGAAUACAGAGUUGAGAGCACCAAUGUUUAGCAUAUACAGUAUGAAGCAAUGUGUUUUUGUCUGUUGCAGAAUUCUGCGUUAUAAAUAAAUUUGCUUUAGGAAAGACUGGAAAAAUUACUACAUCACUGUCUGGUUGAAAAUGUGUUGAAAUAUUUAUCACUGUAAAAGGGAAAUGAAACAGGAAAUGAUCUCAAAUGUAGUUUGUGACUGAGGUCAACUUAGAUACAUGUUGUAUCUAAGUUGACCUUUGAUAAAAGGUUAACUUAACUAAACCAUAUAAAAGAAAAGAAACAC